GGUCAUGCUAGCAGACAUGCCCACGUCAACUGUGACGCGCCGCCAAAUGGAAGCUGGAGAUAAAGCGGAUCGUGCCUUUACUGAAGAGAGUAAAAAGAAAAACCGCCGCCGUGAAAGGAAGCGCCGAAGGAGACGUCGCCGACGUAGAAAGCAGUGCAACCGUGAAAAUCGGGAGAAACGGAAGAAUCGAAAAUGUAAGAGGAAAAAGAAGAAAAGGAAAUACCGCCAAAGCCGUGAAACCCGAUCAUUCUUCCUGAAAGACCUCAACUUGCAGCAUCGCUGGACGUUGCACGAGGAUCUCUGUCACCAUUGGUUACUGGAUGAUUGCACUUGGCCCCAGUGUAAUCGACAUUGUCCUCCAUUGCGGGACCCUUAUACUGGUGAAGAAAAAGAAUUAAUCGAGCUGCUCAAGUCCUUUGGGUUAGAAAUGGGCAGUGUUGCCGAUGCUUUAGAGAUUGAUCCCAAGACGUUGGCUGAAAUGGAUGGGGAUAAACUCCGCUUACUACUAACCCAGCAAAAGAAUGAAUGAUGAUGCUUUUUGUGACUAGUGUAUAUCGUUACGAUUAUAACACGUGUCAACAAUCUGAAAAGAAAACUUUGUUGAGGGUUGAAGCUAAGAGUCGAAACUAGAAUGUUUAUCUCCUCUCUUUGUGUGAAUUUGCAAAUGUUGGAGUUUUGUACAUUUAUAAUUAGUGAUUUUAGUAAGAAAAAUGUAUUAAGCUUAGUUAGAGGAAAA